GCCGCCCUCGCGCUCGGCGUUGUCCCGGCAACCGCGGCUAGGCGGGAAGGACAAGACCGGACCGGCCCCACAAGCGACCCCACAACCAACCCCGAGGCGGACUCGGCCCCACAGCCGACUCCACACCCACCCCUGCAGCCGGCCUUGAGGCGGACUCGGCCCCACAGCCGACUCCACACCCACCCCUGCAGCCCGCCUUGAGGCGAACUCGGCUCCAGAGCCGACUCCCCACUCCGCCCCCACAACCAACUCUGAGGCAGACUCGGACCCACAGCCAGCUCCACACUUCGCCGAAGAGCGGACGCAGCCCCGGAGCGGACCCCGGCCGGCCCCGCCAUGGAGCUUGAGGAGGACUUGGGUGCUGCUGUUUCGGGUGAGGUCAGCCUGCAGGAUUUCACUGAAUAAAGCGACUUUGUUUUGUCUUGUUCGAGCGUGGCUUCCCCCCCGUGUCUCCCGGCUCAGCCGCUCCAGGCGGUUUUGGGAUCCGUUUCAGCGCAGUGUCAGAUAUGUUGGAUCCAGAGAGGUUAAUCCAGUGCCCCUUGGUUAAACACCACUGGAUCAGAGCACGGCGCUUUCCCUAUCACCUGGUGAAGUGUAAGGAGAGCAACCCUGAAAUUGCAAAGAAAUUGGCCACGUGCCCGUUCAACGCUCGUCACCUGGUUCCUCAGGCUGACCUCAGUGACCACAUCAUGAAGUGCAAUGACAAAGCCUUCGUGGAGCAAGAUGUGGUGAGCCGGUCCUUUGAGUCCCCACAGGAGCAGCUGAAUAAUGGGAGCACAUGGCAGGCACCUCCAAGUGCUGAAGACUGGGAAACAGACUUGCUGGAGGGGUCUGAGUCUACUUUUGUGUGGGGUGUGAUCAACUCUGCCAUGAACAGCCCCAUCAGUGACCAGAACAACUCCUUGCCCUCCCGGAUGCGGCCCCCUGAGACCCUCCCGUACAGCAUGUCUGCAGGCCUAAUUCGGAGUAUUAGUUCCUCCCCAUGGAAUGUAGUUUUGCCCCAGCAGUAAGUGUCUCCCUGGUUUGGACAGAAGAGCUCCUGCAGAAGACAGACAUGCUCUGGACCUGAUGGCAGGACUCUCUACACCUGGCUUUUGUUGCUUAAUCUAUUUCUCAUAACAUUUGAAUAUGUGGAACUGUCCUUGGUUGGCAGAUGUUUCCCCCAACCACUUGUUUUAAAAGUUACCCUCACCUUUACUUGGUGAAUUUUGUUACUGUUUUUGAAAAAAUAGACUGAUAAAUGUACAGAGAAACCUUCCUAGCCCAACCCUGGGUCAUGGUGGCUCCCUAUGAACAGGAAAAACGUCAUUAAUUGCCAAGUCUCUGUUUUUUGUAACAGGAAAACUGAAAGGUAUUUUACUGUGCAUGCACGUUUUAUUUUUAUUUUGUUGGAGUCUGAGUUUGUUCACUCAGGAUAUGACAAGCAUUCAGGUUGGGUUUUAAACUGUUUGUCAUUUGCAGAGACUGCUUUGAGAGCAUCCUGGCCUUAACUUUUGCACCUUCACACCUUGAGCCUUGCCUUUGUCACCUUGGGCCUUGCCUUUGUCUCCUGUGUGUGAAGGACUUCCCCAGGCAGACCUUAACAGAGAAUCCUCUGCAAGUUCCUUGCAUCACACACAACCCCAAACAGGGGAAGUUUCAGGAGGACACUGAGGUGCUUUUCCAGUUUCCAUUAGGGUUUUGCAGUUUUCUAAUGCUUGAAACAUGUUUGAGAGCUCUCAGGUACCUGUUCUGUAUUGGGGGAGGAAGGGAGUAGGAAUGGUUUAAAUCAGUAAAAAUGCAUGUUUGGGACUGAAAAUGUUCAGAUCAAGCAGUGUAUUUCUAAACAUCCAAAGUACAAAAUGGGAUCCAAAUAUACAACCAUAAAGAAUUAAGAAGCCAGAUAUGAUGUUUGUCUAGAAAGAGAUUAAUGCCUUCAUAUUUUCCCCUAAAGACUGGAUUUCCACCAUCUGUAUACUACCACUAGAAAAUAAUACAUGUUGACUCGAAUGUGCAAAAUUAAUAUUCUUUUAAAGUUCUGUCAACUUAUGACAAGGUUCUUGUUAGCAAUUUAGAAUAAAAAUGUUUUAAAUUCCC